AUAACGAUAGCGGCUUCUUAAAUGCAGAUGUGUCGUACACGGCGACGUUAGUCGGUGAGCAGGGCUCGACCGGACCACCCGAGCAUGGCUCCGAUGUGGCGACGUCUUUCACACGCGUCUCUUUGUAAUAACAGAGUUAUUAAGCCAGUUUAAAUUAACGCUUUCCAAUGCGACCGGUCUAAGCACUGUGAAUUAAAAUAAACUGUAACUCGAUAUACCAUAGGCUAAUGCAAAAUUCAUUACGAUUCUAUUUGUGUCUCAUAAGAUGAAUUAAGAAAUGAAGUGAACAAAGGAAUAUAAUUGAAGACGUGGUAACUGCUGACAAAGUGAUGUAGCGACAGACAUCAUGGAUCAAUGGGUGACGGCUGCGAGCUCGCUACUAGCGUUCCUUCUCUACUACAAUACGCUUGACGCGGGAUUUGUUUACGAUGACAGACGGGCGAUACUCUCGAACCCAGAUGUCAUCGGACAUACACCGAUUAAGGCGCUAUUUGAAAAUGACUUUUGGGGAACACCGCUCACUGAUCCUGGGUCCCACGGCUCGUACAGACCGCUGUGCGUCGCAACGUAUCGUCUCAAUUACGCAUUCAGCGGAUUCAAACCCUGGAGUUACCAUCUCCUCAAUGUGUUCUUCCAUUCGACGGCCACUGCACUUGUCGUGAUAACAGCAAAGCGGCUGUUACCCACAUAUUGCAUGAAAGUGGGGACUGUGGUUACCGGUUUGACCUUCGCCUCACAUCCAAUCCACACUGAAGCCGUCGCUGGAGUUGUGGGUAGAGCCGACCUGGCCGCAUGCAACUUUUUUCUACUGAGCUUCCUCUUAUACACGGAACAUUUGAGAAUCAGAAAUAGGAGCCAUCGUCGACAAUGUAGGGACAGUUACAAACAAAUUCUCACGCGACAUCUGGACGCUGAAGAUUUUCGUCUAAGUUGUCACGGACUCGUACAACAAUUAUUGAUUAGUGUUAGGAAAUUGUUGAAGGCUGGUAAAUCUGGACCCCUGAAAGUGUUUAAUGUGUGUGAAGUUAGCGUGGGGCCCGUGCAACUCAAUAAGUGUCAUUGUAACGGGUGUGCAAGUGAAGAUACAGGUGAAUUCUUACAAUGGUGCACUUUAGUGGGGACACUUUUGUUCGCGACUGCUGCGACGUUGUGCAAGGAGCCGGCUAUUAUGGUGGUGCCUCUUUGCAUAAUAUACGACUUCUUGAGAGAUAUUCGACAGGACGAGACGUUUUCAAAGUAUCGGUGGCGGAGCAUCUGCGCUCUUAGCACAGGUGGGCUCACACUACUAUACUGGAGAUUGCGAAUCGCCGGUGCUCCCUCGGGAUUCGCCGCGGCCGACAACCCCACCGCCCGUGACCUCUCCUUUUUUACGAGAUUUUAUACCUUCACAUACCUUCCUGUCUUUAAUUUUUUUCUCCUUCUAUACCCCUUUCAACUAAGCUUCGAUUGGUCUAUGGAUGCGAUACCGAAAAUAACAUCAAUAUUCGACGCGAGAAAUAUCUCCUCCCUCAUUGUCUACGCGGCGAUAUCAAAAGUUUCAUGGAAAGUUCUUACUAGCGAAAUAAAAAGGCAACAAGAAAAGAAAGAGAGGUUUUACAAAAAACAAAAGAAUAAGCAAAAAUGGAAUAACAAUUGCAAGCACUUUAGCAGGAGACAAUAUUGUAGCGAAAGAAAGAGCAAUAUGCCGCAAAAAGAAAAUGCCUCCUCGAAAAGAUCAUUAUGUCCGUGCAACGGAUGUAAGCAUUCUCUCACAGAGGAGCACACAAACGUAUGCCGGACAGUCAAUAACAAUAAUAUUAUGAUGCACAACUCCUGUGUAUGUCCGACGGGGUUCGGAAAGGCAAAGUCGCAGAGUCAACAUAAACACACGUACCGCAGUCCUCAAAUUGCGAUGCUGUUAUUCACGGCAUUUAUGGUGCUCCCGUUCGUGCCAGCGAGUAAUAUUCUUUUCUACGUUGGCUUCGUAGUGGCAGAGCGUGUUUUGUACAUUCCCAGUGUUGGUUUUUGCUUAUUGCUCGGGCUGGGUGCGGGAGCUUUGACAAGAACUUGGCGUCGUAAUGAAUUGCGAAGCCGUAUUUUUAUGUUCACUUUGUUAGUGACUUUAUGCGCCAUGUGUGGCGCUACGCUUCGGAGGAAUUUAGACUGGCGUGACGAGGAAAGUUUAUUUCGAAGCGCUCUACACAUCAAUCCGCCUAAAGCCUACGGAAACCUUGGCAGUGUUUUGUCUACACAAGGGAGAGUCGUGGAGGCCGAGGCAGCGUUCGAGAGAGCUUUAAAAUACAGACCUAACAUGGCCGAUGUACACUAUAACUUAGGAAUUUUACACCAAAACCAGAGGCGAUACGCCGAGGCUAUCAAAAGUUUUGAAAAGGCAAUUUAUUUUCGACCAUCCAUGGCUUUGGCCUAUGUAAAUCUUGGCACAUCUUUGAUGGCCGACGGGAGAUUAGCUGAGGCAACUAGCGCACUACGGGCGGGCGCGCGCGCCGAUGGAAUUCGCGUGCGUGAUCGCAGAGAACAUGACGCUGCACGCGUCUCAGCAUUAGUUCAGCUCGCUGCUUUGCAUUCGCGACGAGGCCAUUGGCACAAAGCCUUAUCAUCAUACAAGGAAGCACUACAGAUACUUCCUGUGACAAACUCACCAAUUGUAGGCUGGACUCGACACAAUGUCCUAACAAUGGCUGGGGAUAUUUAUAUACAAUUGCAACAAUGGGCCCUGGCUGAACACAGCGUUUUAUCAGCGUUAGCUCUCGCACCUGGGCACGCGGCCACUUAUUUAAGCCUAGCUCAGAUUGUAGCUAGAAAUACAAGUAGAAACAUGGAAGCGGAAUCGUGGUUUAAGAAGGCAAUAACUUUAGCGCCUGAUGACCCGGCGGUUCGAGAUCAAUUUGGAAUGUUUCUAAGAUCACAACGUCGAUUACGAGAGUCGGCUGAACAGUUCGUAACAGCAGCGCGUUUAUCGCCGACCGACAGUGCGCGAGCGGCUUCGGCUGCGCGAGCGCUACGGGACGCAAGAAAAUGUCGUACCGCUGAGCGCUGGUAUGCGAGGGCAGUAGAGUUAAAUCCUGAUGAAGCUGAGCACCACUCGAAUCUUGGCGCUAUUCUGCACCUGAACGGGAAGUAUGUAGCGGCUGCCUCUUCAUACAGGCGCGCGUUGCAGUUGCAACCUAACGACCAAGUUACGAUCACGAAUCUCAAGCGGGUGAGAACAUUAAUGAGCAAUCAACGGAAGAAAUAGUCAAUUGCCAAAUCGUUUUUUAAUCGUGUUUUAAUUACAUGUAUAACAUUUAUUUUAUAUAGUUGGGGAGCCCAGGUUUUUUAUGAUAUUGCUCACGCACGACUAAGGAAAAUAUAUUACGGUGAUGAUAUGAGAGUUGUUAAAUAACAAUAUAUGAAUAAAAAUAUAUGAAUUAUCCUAAUUAAACAAUAGAUGACGUAUGAAAAAUUAUCAAAACACUUAUUAAGAUCUUUUUAAUGAGAUCUCUCUUACAUAGUUAAACAAAAAUAUCCACCUAACUACUAAAGCAAAGGACAUCUUUUGUUUCUUAUCCUUAUAAUAUGAAUUUUUAUUAAAUUUAUAAUUUAAGCAAAAACUGUUGUUACCUUUGCCGUCGGUGAGGGCAGAUAAUGCUCGCCAUAUCCUCUACAACAGACGAUACUCAGAUAUGGUUGACCGUCCCAAAGAGAGAGAUAGCCCUAAUAGCGGGUAUUUAUUACAUGUAUGAUUUGGUAAAGUUAAUGAUCAUUACGGUACUUUCUAAACUUAAACAAACUGUUUUAAAUGUUCAAAUAGAAGUCGCAAUUGAAGAAUACUUUUAGUGUGUUCAGCACACAAAGAAUAUACAAGAGCAUAAUAUUAUAUUUUAUAGAGAUAGUUAAACACAUUACAAAAAAAUAUUACAGAAGAAAUUCAAUAAUUGGGCUCCUCUACUAAUAAGUAAUCUGAAUAGUUACAGUAAUAUAACGAUACAUUUUAACUCACUACAUGUUUAAUUUUGAUUAAAAUUUCUUAGUACAUAAAUGGAUCAAUUAUAGAAAUAAAUUGUAUAUUGUCUUACAAGCUAUUUUAUUCACGUUUCAACGUUUUUCGAGUUUCUGUUCGCAUAAAUGAUACGUAAUCCAGCUAAAACAUUUUUUGUGCACAUGCAUUAAGGUUCCACUCGGCUUUUAAAUUUCUUGCACUAUUUUGUUGUAUGAAAGAGUUUGAAACAUGCAUUUAGUACGGACUAAUCACUCAAGUACAAAUUUUGUGCUAAAGCAUUCGUAUCUGUAUAGGCAUUUUGCAAAAGUCAAUUAAAUAGAGGCUCAAAAUUAUCUUCAAAACGUUUGAGUGGCUUUUUUCUUGGCUUUUAGACAAUGGAAUUGUUAUAUGGAAUAUAAAACGAAGGAUUAAUUUCUUUAAACGCUUAGAUAUUGUUUCGUAUAUAUUCUACUCGAUACUACGUACUACUACUAAUAAUUUUCCUGAAGUCUUUCACAUUACUUCGUGAAGUCUAGUAGACAUGUCAUUGUUUAUAUGUAAAUAUAUAAGCCGUUAGGUUAUUUUAAUAAGGAAAAACAUUUAAUUUGCUUCGUCUUCCAUUAUAUUUAUUCAAUAUUUUCGUAUUAUAAUGUUGUUAUUAAGUCAUUUAAAUUAUAUCGAGGUUAUUCGCAAAUUAUUAUUCAACGUAUAUACAAUUAAUUCUAGUCGUACUCAGUCGUCUAUUAACUUUUUGUUUGUCUAAUUGUAGGUUAAUGAUUACAAUUAUACAUCUGAGGAAAGUAACAAUUCGGAUUUAAUGCUCGAUUAGUUUACAAUUUGUUUCACA